AUGGGAUCAGCCCACUACCAAUUAGUGAUUUGUGAUCAGUGCAUUGUGGCCCAAGUAAUUUUUCAUUUAAGGGGGUGUUUAUUUAUCUUUAGGUUUUCUAGCAUCCUCUAAUGACUCUUGUACUUAUUUACUACCAAAUUGAUCUUUUAAAAUUUUAAUUUCAAUUUCAAAUAUAAUUUGAAAAAGAAUAAAAAUAGAUAUAUGGGCCUAAUUUCGUAAUUGAGCUAGUAAAGCAAGCUUCAAAUUGCAAUAGUUAUUUAGUGUGCAUCAAGUAUAGUGGGCUUCAAGCUGCAAUAGUAAUGGGUUGCAAGGAAAAAAAUUAUUUUGAUGAAAUUCACAAUGAUGUUGUUGAGAUGAAUGUCUGUAAUCUAAUUUUUGGUAGAAAGAUUUAGAUGCAACUCACCUUCGUAGAGAUAAUCAUUAUAUUUUUUAUAAAAAUAUUGAGAAAUUUGUUUUAGGCUCAAUAAGAGAAAUAUAGGUUUUUCAAAGUGGAUGAAGAAAAGGUUGAAGCUAUUAAAGCCUGACCAGUUCUAUACGAAUUUGGGCCCACUUUAUGUCCUUUCACUUCUAGAAAGUACUUUAUGUCUCAUUCUUUCUAGAAGAGACUUUAAUGUGGUUUAGCUUGUAUCUAAGAUCUGUUCAAGAUCUGACUAUUAGAUUCUAUACCUAAGAUCUACUCAAGGUCUCUCAUUGUUAGACUCUACUUUAGGUUAUGCCAGAGUAUUUUUAGAAGAUUUGUCUAAGAUCCCAAUCUGUUAGAGUCUAUUUUAAGUUAUUUUAGAGUUAGUCAAAUUGUCCCCAAGAUUUGUCAAAAUCUUCCUUUUGAGGAGUGCCCAACCUCCUUUCUAUGCCUAUAUAAAGGCCCCCAUUGUAACUUGAGGUACUCACUUUUUUUAAUUGAAUCAGUUUUUUGUACUGUGAGAACUUUUCCCUCUUGCUUGUGGAUUCAGGCACCCCUUUGUGAAUUCAAGGGUUAAAGACUCUAAAUUUGUGGAGUCAAAGACAAGUUUCUUCCCCAAGAUUGGAGCUUUGUGGAUUCAAGCCCAUAUCUUAUUUAUCUUCCGCGUUACUAUUGUGUCAAUUGGUAUUAGAGCAAGUCAACGUUUCAAUCAAAGUUCAAAAAUGUCACGAGGUAAAUCUACUCAUAUUGGUGAUGAUGAUUCACCUAAAGUUUUUCCUAUCUCAAAAUGA